AUGCAGGUGAUGACAUUCGGUGCUCGAUCUUCUCCUAGCACGGCUCAGUAUGUCAAAAAUGCACACGCUGAACAGUUUAGGCAUACGCAUCCUGCUGCAGUAUCCGCCAUCAUCGAUAGGCACUAUGUCGAUGAUAUGUUGAUCAGCACAGAAACAAUCGAGGAAGGCAUAAAAUUGGCAAAAGACGUCAAAUCAAUUCACGAGUCCGCAGGGUUUGAAAUGCGAAACUUUGUUUCCAAUUCUCCCGUUGUUAUCAGUGCCCUGGAAUCACAAUGUUCAUCAGGAGUUUGCAACGAGAAAAAUAUGAACGUUGGACUGGAAACCACAACAGAGAAAGUUCUCGGCAUGUGGUGGAACACUGCAAACGAUUCCUUUAUGUACAAAAUCUCACCUCGAUUCGAUGUUGAACUUCUGGCAGGAAAGCGUAUACCGACCAAACGUGAAGUGCUAAGAACGCUGAUGCUACUGUUUGACCCGUUGGGACUCAUCGGACAUUUUUUAAUGUUCCUAAAGUGUCUCUUACAAGAGAUUUGGAGGACAUCUAUCGGAUGGGAUGAUCCUAUCGGCGAUGAUCAGUUUAAAAAAUGGAAUCGAUGGCUCACUAUUCUUCCACAAAUUGCUUCCAUUAAAAUUCCAAGGUGUUAUCGAUUGUUAGUAACGCUUAGUCCCGAAACCAACGUACAACUACACAUCCUAGUCGACGCCAGCGAAAGUGGUAUGGCGGCCGUAGUAUAUUUGAGGUUCGAGAGAGAAGGAGACAUAGAUGUUUCGCUGGUUUGCUCUAAAACUCGAGUAGCACCGCUUAAAUUUUUAUCUAUUCCUAGAUCUGAGCUGCAAUCAAGUGUAAUUGGAGCAAGGCUUGCCAAAACGGUUAUCGAAAACCUAUCCGUUAAGAUAACUAACCGUUUCUUUUGGACAGACUCACGAAACGUGUUGAGUUGGUUAUCGGCCGACCAUAGGCGGUACAGCCAGUUUGUUUCCCAUCGUGUAAGUGAAAUUUUAGAACUAUCCAACCUUUCUGAGUGGCACUGGAUACCAACAAAGCUGAACGUAGCUGAUGAAGGAACCAAGUGGACAAAAAACCCAGAUCUAAGCAACACAAGCCGGUGGUUCAAAGGUCCUCCGUUUCUCCGACUCCCGUCAAGUCGCUGGCCGCUACCCGAGGAACCAGUCAAGCAAACGGAAAUUGAGCUACGUGCACAUCUACUUUGCCAUGCAGUGUCCCUGAACAAUAACGUUAUUCCUACAUAUAAAUUUUCCUCGUGGAACAAACUGCUCCGUUCUACAUCCUACGUUUUGAGAUAUAUUUCGAAUCUAAAUAGCUGUCGACUGAAGAGAAAGUGUUCUACCGGCCCUCUGACCGACGCCGAGCUUCGUGAAUCGUGCACUACCGGGCCUCUGACCAAAGCAGAGCUUCAAAAGUCCGAAAUCUACCUAUUCCGUUACGCUCAAGAAAUUUAUCAACAUGAGAUGGAAAUUCUAUCGAGCCAUAAGGUCGGUAUUGUUCAACGAAAUAUUCCUAAGAAUAGUCCGCUACAUAAGCUUAACCCGUUUUUGGAUGAAAAUUUGGUCAUUCGAGUAAGGGGAAGAAUCUCAGCUUGUGAGUUCGCAUCAUUUGACGUUAAAAAUCCCAUAAUACUACCACGUAGUGACCAUAUUACGUACCUGAUAGUGCUCUACUUCCAUAUACGGUAUCAUCAUCAAAAUCAUCAGACCGUUAUAAACGAAUUGCGCCAGCGUUUUCACAUUGGAGGACUCAGAUCAUUAUACAAAACAGUACGUAAAAGCUGUCAAGUGUGUAAAAUUGAUCGCGCUAUACCUCAACCACCUUUAAUGAGCGAUCUACCACCUUGUCGUGUAGCAGCUUUCACUAGACCAUUCUCAUACCUGGGAAUUGACUAUUUCGGACCAAUCAUUAUCAAAAACGGUCGAAAACAGGAAAAACGUUGGGGUGUCUUAGCGACCUGCCUAACGAUAAGGGCAGUUCAUCUUCAACUUGUGCGCUCGUUGACUACAGACUCCUGUAUUUUAGCUAUUCGCAAUAUCAUGGGCAGACGCGGUGUUCCUAUAACUAUCUACAGCGACAGAGGAACAAAUUUCAUAGGAGCUGACAAUGAGUUAAAACUAGCAUUAGCAGCUGUAAACCAGAACAAACUCAUUGAAGAAUUUACAACUACAGACACCCAGUGGAUAUUCAAUCCCCCGGCUUCUCCGCACAUGGGCGGAGCCUGGGAAAGGCUUAUUAGAAGCGUGAAAGCAAACUUAGCAAAGCUUAAACCCACUCACUGUCCAACCGAAGAAGUUUUAGAGAACAUGCUCGUAGAAAUUGAAAACGUUAUCAAUUCCCGCCCACUUACUGAUGUGCCGAUUGACGACGAUAACUCCCCCGUGCUCACACCAAAUCACUUUAUCCUUGGUUCAUCAAAUGGAUUAAAGCCAUAUCUUCCAUUUGACGACAGCUCGCUAGCCGUUAAGAAAGGAUGGCAGUUAUCGCAGAUCAUGGCAAACGUAUUCUGGCGAUGCUGGGUACACGAUUAUUUGCCUACACUAACUCGGCGUGCAAAGUGGUACACAGAAGUAAAGCCGAUCGAAGAAGGAGAUAUCGCUGUUAUUGUAGAUCCCAAACUACCCAGAAACUGUUGGCCAAAGGGUAGAGUCAUCAGCACCACGGUGUCAUCGGACGGGCGUACACGGAAAGCUGUGGUGCAAACCGUCAACGGAAUCUAUGAACGACCAGUGGUGAAGCUUGCUGUUUUGGAUGUUGGCGAUAAGGAUAGAGCACACGAGAAGCCAGUUCCUGUGUGCACUCCGGGGGGGACUGUUACUCGCGCCAACUAAAUCAGCAAACCCCUCGUUCCUGUGUCAUGAAUCUCGCAGCUCGCGACUACGUCAAAGCGUUGUCAUUAUCACACCGAGAAGAACCAACGAAAGAAGAGGAAGAUUCGAAGAGUGUUUGCCGUGCAACCGCGUGAAAAUUGUAGUGUUCGCAAAACUAUUUUCUUGGGUAUUUUUCUCUUUCGAGGUAGUUUGAGUAGUUUAACUUAAAGCUGGAUAAAUCUAAUUAGAAUUCUUCCUAGUUUAGGUGGCAUAAAAGCCCUUUAGUUACUCGACGUAACACCUUCCGCUCAUAUCAGCUUACAGCGCAUCAGCGCACAAUAUUAAGUAUGCACUUUGCAAAUCUUAUUAAGCAUUGGUAAUAAUCAGUUUUCCCUUAUCAGUUAUCAUCCUACUAUCCUUAUCAAUUACUAUCCAUCGUUUGUACCAUAUUUCGAGCCAUUUAUCGAAGAAAUUCAAGGUACCAAACCGAUCACUCUCAGUUCAGCAGAGUAUAAACAAGCCGUAGAAUACCUGUGCAAGGCAGGAGAUCACUAUAAGAAUUUUGUAAUAAAAUACUCUUUUGGAUUUAUUAACAAAAUCAUCGAUCUUCACACUGCCUCGUAACACCAGCAUGAAAAUAAAUAAAUGACCAGCAUGAAUAAAGAAAUUCAAAAUCAGUUUUAUUUUUAUUAUUUUCUUUCCAUCCUUCUGACACUUUAAAGGGCUAACAUCAAAGGGCUGACAUCGCCAUGCAAAGCGGGCGGCUUCCAAAAUAAUGUGUAGAUUUUACAUGUUUACAUUACUAAUUUUCACCUCUGUUUGACGUACAUGCUGUGUACACUAUAAAGGGUACAAGGGCUUUACAUGAAAAAGGAGUUAACCCAGUCUUUUCCGAUAACGGGUCAAAACUACAUUAUAAGGGGUUGCGCCA